AUGCAGUACGACAAGGUUCUCAACUACUACCGCACGUCGACCAACAGCGACGAACGUAACACCUGCCUCCGCUCCCUCGGUCGCGCGCAAGACCCGGAGCUGAUCCAGAGGACGCUUGCCAUGCUCUUCGGCGAUGACAUCAAGUCCCAGGACGUCUACAUGCCGGUGGGCGGUCUCCGCACGCACCCGGCCGGCGUCAAGGCUCUCUUCGCCUGCAUGACGGAGAACUGGGGCGAGCUCACGAAGCGGCUGCCGCCGGCGCUGUCGAUGCUGGGCACAAUGGUGACGAUCAUGACGUCCGGCAUGACGACGCAGGACCAGCUCGCGCAGCUCGACAAGUUCUUUGCCGACAAGAACAACAACGGCUACGACCAAUCGCUGGAGCAGAGCAAGGACUCGAUUCGAUCCAAGAUUUCGUGGUUGGGUCGCGAUCGCGACGAUGUGGCGGCGUGGCUCAAGGCAAACAAGUACAUGUAG